AUGAAAUUAAUACUGGUGUUCCUGAUUUCUCUUCUUUCCUUUUGUUGUUCCCUUGUUCACGGUUCAAGCUUGUACCCAUCUUGUGAGGGACAAGAGGUGCAAGGCUCUGCUGGUGCCGGUGGUGAAGUGACCAUUCAUGAGAUACCGAAAAAGUUAAAAAACUUAACGCUUACAUGCCUUGUAUAUGAGGUAACCAGUCUAACAGGAGGACUAAACCGAGAUGGAUGGGAUCCAUGCAGUGUACCUCAUCAGACAGAGUACUUACAUCGCCUUGUUUUACGAGCCAAGGAAAAAAACAAGCUUACAGGUAAUUAUGAUGUGACUGAUUAUGAUGUAAAAGAUAUGGCGGGAGGUUCUCUUGGUGACAUUUCUAUUCGUCUCCCAGAAGCUGGCCAUUUUUCCCUGGUUUUCAUGAAUAAAGGCGAAAACCCAAGAUGUUCACUACAAAUUCGGGCAAUUAUGAAUUAUAUGGAGAGCGCAAAGGAGUCUCAAGAUGCUUAUUUACCUGUGGUGGUUUCAGUCGUACCUCGAGCGGUUUACAUCAGGCGAACAUCAACCACAAAAUUUAUUCUACGUUACCCUAAAGGUACAAAUAUGCAUAAAGCUAAAAAUGAUAUUGUGACACUUAAAGGUUUGGAUAAGGAAUGUGCAGACAACACCAGUGAAGGAAUUGGUAUGCGUCUUCCUUCCGUGAAAUCGGAUUUUCAUUCAUUUGAGGAUCCCUCAACUCUUGGGGAGCGUGAUUAUUUUUUUGACACACCUGAGACUUACCGUAUUUGUUAUCGAGCAAAAGGUGAUGCCCUGAGCACAGAGUUGGCUGUUGUUCGUGUGUUUGAUGGAAAUCCUUCUUAUUACCAGAUAGUAGAGGGCCAAGACAAGGAUGGUCGCGUGCUGGUUGGUGUGAAAACCACCAUAAAAUUCCAUGGAUUCGAUCUGGACACCCGACCGGAGGGCGACCGGGCGAAGUUCGUGCGGGACAGCGAGGACUGCGCGACGGCGAGCCCCGCCGGCGGAGUGCCGGAGAGCACCGACCUCGGCCCCAGCGACGACUACGGCCCGAGCACGACGUACACUUUGUGGUCGUGGGUCCUCCGGCAGGGCGGCGCCUUCAAAAUUUGUUACAAGCGCCGCCACGGCAUUUGGACGGAAGUGCCAAGCGUCACCGACUUGGGCUACAGCGCCGCGGGCCCGCCAACAACAACAGCGCCGGGCGACUCCAACAGCCCCGCCGUGAUUCCACAGCCGACAGAUCCCAUCACGAAGAAAGCGUGUCCAAUGGCACAAGAGAAUACACGAGAAAAUCCAUGGGUCUCCUAUGAGGCGAUAAGGAUGACAUUAAAUACAACAAAACUCCCCGAUGAUUUCCUCAAAAAAGUCAGUCAGUCCUUUUGCAUUCCACGUGCAGCACUCGCGGUAACACACAUCACACACAAUAUGGAAAAACGUCAAGUGGUGUAUAUUUCCAUCCUUUGUGAAGAUCUUGGGGAAACACGUCCAUGUGAUACUAUGGAACGGCAAAAUUACAUCCUCUCCCUUGGAAAAGAAAACUCAUCUAUAUUGACAGACCUUUCUAUCGCUUCCGUAAAGGGAAUCAAUUCCCUCUUUGCAUUUGGAGAUGACCCUCUUUUCACAAAAGGUAAUGGAGAUCGCACAGUCGUGGUUUUGCUUGCAUGUCUUACAGUGAUCAUGGUAACAGGAAUGAUAGUAUUUGGUAUGGUGAAAUACCGUGAAAACCGACAAUACUUUGUUCAAUUUGGCACUGAUGACGAUGAAGUUGCAGAUAUGUAUGAAAACGAUAUGCCUGUUGGCAGAGGUGGAACUACAGGUCGUAGCGCCAUCAAAAACGCUGUGAUUGAGGUAGAAGACUGA